AUGUACAGAUAUAUCAGAAACAGAAUAGUUUAAUACUCAAUGAAUGCUAAGCUUGAAAUCCAUAAGGCAGAUUAAAAUUUGGUUCAAACUCUACAAAUAAAUUAGAAUGUAAUAACUAUUUAACAGAAAAAGAAUGCCCAAUUCAUUUUAGUAAUCAACCAUGUAAAUGGGAUGGAAUUUCUUGUGUAUCUAAAAAUUGGAGUGAUUGUCCAUAUAUAGCUGAAUUAUCUGUAAAUUAAAGUUAUUAUUUAAAUCAUUAAAUUUCUUAUCUUUCACUUAAUUAGAAACUGUUCUCCAACUUCCUAUUUGAACUUUUUUUUAUUUUUAAUGUUUCUGGAUUAUUUCAACCUAAAAGAUUGA